AGAGUAUUUCAUGCAACGUUUUCCCGAACUUCCUCUACUGGUGCCAAAAUUAUUAGAUCGACGGACUUGAAAACAAGAUCUAAAUUGCAAAAACAUUUUACCUAUACUGAAUAUCAUGUGAAAAUUGAAGAAGUUAGUGGAAAGAAAAGCAAAGACGUCAUGGACAAUCUUGAUCUUGACGCUUCUGAAGAAAAGAAAUCUUUGCUAUUUCUACUAAAUGAUAAUGACAGUGAUGCUGAUAUUGGUAUAACGUCUACAUCAGGACCUACGACAUACACUUAUUCAAGCCAACUUGAAAUUGCUGAGAAAACGGACAACAAAAUAUUCAAUCUGAAGUUUCUAGCCCAGAUGCACAUCAAUGAAUAUCACAAUUUUGUUGGGAAGUCGCAAAAAUGGAAUUGCGUUGACAAAUCAGUGAUGCAUCGCAAAAAGUUUGAAAUGAUGCAAAAACAUUGGCUUGAACAUCCAGGUGAUAUUAGAAUUAAAGGUGAUGUACGUGUGAUUUUCAUGGACGAGUUCUUGAUUGGCGAAGGAAGUGGUGGAACCUGUGUUUAUCUUGGUUUGGGAAAGGAUGGAUAUGGAAAAGCUGUAAAAAAAAUCCCUAAAAAGAGCUCUCUCCAUCUUGCUUUACGAGAAAAGGAUGUUUUAAAUGAGCCAAAGGCAAAGAAGUCGAAGCAUGUUGUAAAGUAUUGGAACUAUGUAGAAGAGGAAGGAGAAGAUUUUGUCUAUUUGAUAGUAGACUUGUGCGAACAAACUUUGAAAAGUUUUGUUGAGUCUACUAGUUUAGAUAAACUUCACGAAGCCCUUCCCGAAAUCCUUAGACAAAUUUUAACUGGAUUAUCUGAUCUUCAUAGUUGCCCAAGUUCUAUUCUUCAUCGAGAUAUAAAGCCUUCUAAUGUUCUUCAAGACGUGGAAGGCGAAUUUAUGAUAGCUGACUUUGGCAUUAGUCGAAUAUUGGAAAGUGGCGAUAACUCAACAUAUCAAAGCAGUCCUGGUACAGGCAGUUAUGGUUGGUCCGCUCCUGAAUCCUUGGGUGGUGGUCGUUACAAGAAAGAGUCUGAUAUAAUGAGUGCAGGAAUGGUGGCUUAUUAUGUUGCAACAAAAGAGGAACAUGCUUUUGGAACUGAAGAGAAUAGAUUGAAAAACUUGUUAAAUGGAAACCCUGUUGGCUUGAAGAAAAUUGAUGAUGUUCAACUUAAAGAUCUUCUUUCAUGGAUGCUACAGCAUAAGCCUGAACUCAGGCCAUCAGCCAACGAGGCGUUUAAACAUCCUUAUCUACGAUCCAAUGAGGAAAAGUUUGACAUGCUGAGUAAAGUUGGGAACCAACCGGAGAUAAAAAAACCAAUAUGUCGAAAUUCAGAUGUUCGUAAGCGGUUGAAUCUUCGCUCAAAAUGGAUGAAACGUAUCGAUGAUGAAGUUUUGAAAGAUUUAAAAACAUUUAAAGUAAAAAACAAAAAAAGGACUGUAACUUACGAGUCUUCAUGGGCAAGUUGUUUGAGAUUCAUACGUAACGUUGAUCAGCACUGGCAUGAUAAAUCUCGUUCACGUCUAUUGCCAUAUAUCAAGGAAGGCAACUAUAAAGAGUAUUUCAUGCAACGUUUUCCCGAACUUCCUCUACUGGUGCACAAAAUUAUUAGAUCGACUGACUGGAAAACAAGAAGUAAAUUACGACAACAUUUUAUCUGAAACAUAAAUCCUGUGAAAAUUGAAGGAAGUCAAUGGAAAGAAAAUUGAAGACAUUAUUGACAACCGUAAUCUUCAUGGAAAAUGAAAUAUAACAAACUCUUAACUAAUUAUGUGCCACUUUCAAAUUGUUAAGUUGAGCAACGACCAAGAAAUUGGUUCAUAAAGUCAUAUCAAGAAUUACUUGCAUGUAUAGUCACUGAAAUAUGGAUUAUUAAUAAACUUAAAUUCGAUCAUAUAUGUAUGUAAAGGUCUUAAUUAAUGUAGGACGUGAAUGCAUGAAAAUCAAUUAGGGAAAUGUGUGCAUUAAUUAUAGUCGUAGAGCAUCUUGCAAAUAAAUGUAAUGUUUGUUAUAUACUUCGUCAUAAAAGUUGAAUAUGUUAA